UCACUGACUUUGAACUAGGCAUCAAAAAGUUUCCAAAUUUUGAUGAAAAAGUCAUUUCCAAUAUUUACGGAUUAAAGGAAUUAACAUCGACCUGGAAAGGAAAGCAUUUCGACACCAUUUGGCCAAAAUGGAGGGAAAAAAUUAAUACAGGAAGCGUCGAUGUUAAAGAUAUUGACGAUUAUUACAGCAAAACAACCGGCGUUGUCACGGAUCAAUUGAUUGCCUGGUUGAAUAAAACAACCACCAUUGAAGAGGAAAUCGCAGUUUGGGAUCGCUGGAUCGACAUUUGGAGCCAGUUUACAUUCGAAAGCUUUCUGGAGAGCAAUGUUAAGGUUAUUCGCGCAAAAUUGGAAAGCGAAGACGAAAACGGGUGUGAUAAUCUGGAUUCAUUAGACAUUGACAUGCUUGGAAACCUUUUGCCUUGGCCUAACGAUGCAGUUCGUGGCUACUCGGUUUUUUCUUACGCAGAGCAAGUGAAUCAAUCAUUGGUUCAGUAUCUUAUUGAUGAUCUGGCAAACUGGUGGUCACAUGAUAUGCACACCUUGGUUGGUGGUAUGCACAGCUUACCUAAAGCAUUCUUCGAUUCAAAACGACCGAAAUCGUUGAGUUCUGAUGAUUUGAAACAUAACCAGCAAGUUCGCAAGAUUUCUUAUUAUUCCUCACCCUCUGACCCUAUCAAGGAUUAUGUCAUCGUAACUUGCUACGCGACUGGAAAUGAAUUGGAAGAACCUACAUACACUGCACGGGCCGUAAUCGUUACCGCUCGAGCCAACCUUUUGCGGCAAAUUACUUUUGCCCCAAUUCAACCAAGCCAGGGAGACAGAGAUGCCCUCAGAAGGAAUUUUCAAGCCAUUGAAGACAUGUUCGCUUCACCUGCCAUGAAGAUUAUCCUGCAAACCAAGACCAGAUUCUGGGAAGAAGAGAAGUACGGCAUCAAAGGUGGCUUUUCCAAGACCAACCUACCCAUCGGUCAAAUACAUUACGUUAAACCGGAUGUCGAUUCCACGAAGCAAGGAAUAAUUUUGAUCUACAUCUGGAAUAAUGAAGCACUGCUUUUUGGUUCUCUGACCCAAGAGCAGGCAGAGAAGGAGGCCAUUGAGCAAGUUGGAGAAAUUCACCCUGAGAUCAAAGAAGAAGGAGCAGUUGAAAAAUGCAUUGUCCAUGCUUGGUACAACCAACCCUCUUAUCGAGGUGCCUAUGGACUCGUGAAGACCACUCAAUUCAACAAUAGCAGAUAUUUGUGGGAACCAAUGGGAAAUGUGUAUUUCGCUGGCGAUAACAUAGCAUUUACGGCUGGCUGGAUUCAAGGAGCUUUGGAAAGUGCUUUUAAAUCAGCGUAUCAAGUUUAUGUCCGUCACAUGCAGAGAAGGAAAAAGGCAAAGAUUAAUUGAAUGGAUUAAAGACAGCUUCAUAAGGAAUCAAUACUCGUUUUACCGUUGAUUAACAUUCUCUAACAUCACUUUAUUAACUCUUAGUUAAGUAACAUUUAGAAGAAUAAAUAACCCUUAGUGUAAACGUUUUUGUAACAAUCGCAUGGGACGUCAGUUAAAUUUAUUAGUUAGC